AUACGGACCGUCUCACUCUCUCCACCUAGACUCAAGCACCUGAGCUCGGUUUUCCAAAUUGUUGUUUUUAAUUGCACCUGCCUCGGAGAUUACCUCCGGGAGGCUGUGGGAGGAGCCUAGAGGGUGGAAAAUGCUGCCUCGCUUUGCAAAAGGAAGAAAACUUUGUCACCCAGCAGAAGACCGCUGCCACGCGUAACCAGCGCAAGCUCGGGCUUCGACUCCGACUUUGCACCCGAUAGAUCCGUAGGAGAAAGAGGGAGCCGAACUCCGCGGUCCCCGGACCUCUAGUCUUUGGGUGUCGUGGCGCGAGUUCCCUGCUCCACCCCCUCCCCGCGGAAGUCCCCACGCGGUGUCUUCACGAGGGAAAAACAGUCAUAAAGAGCGCGUGACCCGGGACCAACGUUGGCCAGAGGCCGGAGGAGGCAGGGAGGGGACUGAACCCCAGGGACGAGUCCCCGGCUUAACUUCGGGUUAAAGUUAUGGGAAGCGCGGCCAUGGACACCAAGAAGAAGAAAGAGGUUUCCAGCUCCGGCGGGAGCGGCGGCAAGAAGAAUCCCAGCCAGAAGAGGCGAUCGCUGCGAGUGCUCAUUCCGGACCUGAGUUCCUUUGCCAUGCCACUCCUCGAUGGAGACCUGGACAGCUCAGAAAAGCAUUCCUCCCGUAAGAUGGACAGCCCCCUCGGCUCGGGCAGCCCCUCCAGAGGGCUCUUCUCCAGAGGCCCCCAGGCCCGGCCCUCCAGCCCCAUGUCUGCUCCCGUGAGACCCAAGACCAGCCCGGGCUCUCCCAAAACCGUGUUCCCGUUCUCCUACCAGGAGUCCCCGCCACGCUCACCGCGACGCAUGAGCUUCAGCGGGAUCUUCCGCUCCUCAUCCAAAGAGUCUUCCCCCAACUCCAACCCAUCUACCUCGCCCGGGGGCAUCAGGUUCUUCUCCCGCUCCAGAAAAACCUCAAGCGUCUCCUCUUCCCCGUCCACUCCCACCCAAGUGACCAAGCAGCACACGUUUCCUCUCGAGUCCUACAAGCAGGAGCCCGAGCGCCUGGAAAAUCGCAUCUAUGCCUCCUCGCCCCCGGACACUGGCCAGCGCUUCUGCCUGGGCUUCCAGAGCCCAGCCAGGCUACCGCUGGCCUCCCCCACGCACCAUGCUGCACCCAAGACCGCGGCGCUGGCGGCGGCCCCCGGACCCGCGGAAGCCGGCAUGCUGGAGAAGCUGGAGUUCGAGGAGGAAGCAGAAGACUCAGAAAGUGGUGUUUACAUGCGAUUCAUGAGGUCACACAAGUGUUAUGACAUUGUUCCAACUAGUUCAAAGCUUGUCGUCUUUGACACUACAUUACAAGUGAAAAAGGCCUUUUUUGCUUUGGUAGCCAACGGUGUCCGAGCAGCGCCACUGUGGGAAAGUAAAAAGCAGAGUUUUGUAGGAAUGCUAACAAUCACAGAUUUCAUAAAUAUACUACAUAGAUACUAUAAAUCACCUAUGGUACAGAUUUAUGAAUUAGAGGAACAUAAAAUUGAAACGUGGAGGGAGCUUUAUUUACAAGAAACAUUUAAGCCUUUAGUGAAUAUAUCUCCAGAUGCAAGCCUCUUCGAUGCUGUAUACUCGUUGAUCAAAAAUAAAAUCCACAGAUUGCCAGUCAUUGACCCUAUCAGUGGGAAUGCACUUUAUAUCCUUACCCACAAAAGAAUCCUCAAGUUCCUCCAGCUUUUUAUGUCCGACAUGCCAAAGCCCGCCUUCAUGAAGCAGAACCUGCAGGAGCUGGGGAUAGGAACCUACCGAAGUAUUGCCUUCAUCCACCCAGACACGCCUAUCAUCAAAGCCCUGAACAUAUUCGUGGAGAGACGGAUAUCAGCGCUGCCUGUGGUGGACAAAUCGGGAAAAGUUGUAGAUAUUUAUUCCAAAUUUGAUGUAAUUAAUCUUGCUGCUGAGAAAACCUAUAAUAACCUGGACAUCACCGUGACACAGGCUCUGCAGCAUCGAUCGCAGUAUUUCGAAGGCGUUGUGAAGUGCAGUAAGCUGGAAACACUGGAGACCAUUGUGGACAGGAUAGUGAGAGCCGAGGUGCAUCGGCUGGUGGUGGUGAACGAGGCCGACAGUAUCGUGGGCAUCAUUUCUCUGUCUGACAUCCUGCAAGCCCUGGUCCUCACGCCAGCAGGUGCAGCGCCAAAGGAGACGGAAGCAGAAUGACCGCUGUGAACAUAGACACCCUCGCAGGAGAACCUCAGGUUCCCGGCUCAAGUCUUGCCACAUGAACACUGGCUGCAACAGAAGAGAGGAAAGUGGCUAAGAAUGUGUAUCAGGGUUUAGCAAUGGGUAUUUUUUUCCAGUGAUGUAAGCAUAAAAAACAAAAACGAUUUUCUGUGCUCGAAGAUGCAGGCUUUCAUUGAGAGACUGUUUUCAGGCAUUCAUCUGAAGGAUUUCAAAUACUGUAUGUCAUUAAAGUGCACUGUGUUCUGAAAUUCUCCUUAUUUUUCAUUUCAAAGAAUGCACUGAUUUGGGACAGGUGAUGUGACAUAAGGUGAGUGCGCGACACUCUCAGAUCCCAGUGCCUUAUGUCCGAACCAGCAAUAUGUGAUCGCUGCUGCCGCCGGCCAAGCACAGAGAGCGGCCCCCAGCUCGAGUAUGGAAAGGAAAAGUCUGAACGUUCCACCAAACCAGUCGUUUCCACCAGACUUGCCGAGAAGUCGCAAGCUGAAUAUAAGUAAUUACUUACAAUUUCUGUGACACUUUUCCGUUUGAAGCGUUUCUGUUCUGAGCUACCCUGUGAAGGAGGCUGCUUGACAACAGCUCUAUUUAUUUUUAUUUCCAUAGGGUUUUUUUUUUCACACAUCUUUUGGUGGGGAAACUUCACCGCAUCCACUAAUAAACUCUUGGUUGCUGUUUGAAAAUGGCCAAUUUCUCAUAAUUUAAGCAUUUGGCAGGAGAUGACUUCUAAAGUAGCCACCGUGGGGUUCUUAGAAGCAAGUGUGGAAACGGGAACCAAGUGCCAGAGGUGUUUGGUUUUGGGGGGUUUUUUUAAAUAAAAUCAUGACAUUAUGGCUGGGGAUUUAGCUCAGUGGUUCUGCCGCCUGCCUCACAAGUGCGAGGUCCUGAGUUCGAUCCCCGGUACCAAAAAAAUAAAUAAAAUCAUGACAUUUGUACAACCGCCAAAGAGAUUGUACAUUUUAUUGUGGCACAUACAGUAUUGUCAUGCAGUUGAAGGAAACCAGGGUUUCCUCAUUGUGAGUAUUUGCAAAUGUUAACACUGUUUAAAUAUGGGGAAAAUUUGAGGUUUUGUUUUUUGAGGGUUUUUUUCGGACUGAAAAAUUAAAAUAAAUCCUACUAUUGA